AUGAAAACCGUACAGAAUCUCAAGCUCUACCGCCAAUGCACCUCCAUCUGGAACCGUCUGCGGUCGUCGCCUGCCGCGUUCUUUGACGUAUUCUGGGACUGGACGCGACGUUUCUUUUUUACUCUCUCAUUUUUCGCCCUCUUUUCCGCUAAGAACCUCCACCUCUAUGCCCAUCUACACUCCCUUCCCCCGGAAAAGUUCUUCCUCUGGGGCAUCACAUUCUUCACCCAAGAUGUCGCGUGCACAAUUCUCAUCCGGAACCUCACGCAGAAGUUCCCAUGGCGAUGGCUGGACGCUCUCGCGGCGCUGGUCGUCAUUCCGUUCAGUCUGGUGAUGUCUGGAAUGGCCUCCGCCAACAUCUCUUUCUAUGUUACAGCCGGCGCCGAAAUCAACUGGCGACAAGCCAAGACCUUCCACCGCGAUGCCGCUGCCAUCCGAACACUACUCACCGGCCUGACUGGCUUUUUGAUCGUCGAGGCGAUCAUGACCGUCGUCGCCUGGUUCCUCGCCCCCUACGUCCAUCGACUCGCCGGCGGGAUUCUGCACAUUCUCGCUGAACCGUUCAGAAUUUUGUUUAGACCAGUAUACAAUUUCUUCUCCAGACAUGUGGGUCCUCGUAUUCGACACAUCCGAUUGCGGAGCGAGCAGCCCCUGCCCGACCCUGAGGUCUACGAGCAGAUCGCGGUCGAAGAUUACAAUGAAUACAAGAGCGAUGACGAGGAGGGGGCUGCGUUGUUGAACAAUGGCAGUACCAGCGGGGCUAGCAGCAGUUCUAGUGCCCCGAAGCGCCCGACGCAGCAGCGGAUCACGCUUGCAAAGCGGUUGUUGGUUUGGUUGCCGUUCAUCUUUUUCGUCAUUCUUCGCUGUUUCCGACCCUCAUAUCCAUCGUUUAUCUUCCUCUCGGGAGCGUUGCCCUUGACGCCGUUUGCUGGAAUGAACCGCCCGACUUUAGGACAGCAGGCCGGAUAUAUCCCUGACUAUUCCUGGCUGGAAGGAAAGACCGCGCUCACCGACCCGCCCAAGUGGGACUGGAUGCCAGAAGACAGACUCCCUGGGUUCGAGGACUGGCAUUAUGACAGCCCGCACUAUAUGGCGUCGAAAGACCCACUGCAUAUUUCCAACCUCCAGGCGCCAGUGUUGGAGGAGCUCAAGGAUGUUUUGUCCGACGGCGGCGUGAAUAUCAAGCACGUUAUCCUGCUAAAGCUGGAGAGUACCAGAGGCGACGUUUUCCCUCUUCGCAACGGCUCCUUCAUCCACGAGAAGAUCAAGGAGUCUUUCAACGGCAAAGAAAUGCCCGAGAGCGCUGUCAAGGCCGUCGCCAAUCUCACUCGCACCGCCGAGUAUCUGACUGGCUUCGAUUCCGGUUUCGACCAGUACCGUGAAGGACCACGGAAGAAGUACGGUGGAAUCAGUGCGAGAAACGGUUUCACCACAGGAACGUAUACCAUCAAGAGUGUGGCCGGAACGGUGUGCGGAAUCUCACCGCUCGUGGCCGACUUCAACAAGGAAUGGAAAUACCACCUCUACAACCCCUGCAUGCCGCACGUAGUCGGCGCCCUCAGCGCGCAGAAGGAUAUCUCGAGCAACGCGACAGACUAUCGUUCAUGGCCGUGGCAGUCGAUCUGGAUGCAGUCCGUCACGGACACCUACGACCACCAGAACAGACUAACCCCCAUGCUGGGCUACGACGAUAUUUACACUAGGGAGCGCAUCGAGAAGCCUUCCGCGAAGCACUAUCCUCUGGAACACAAGGAGGUCAACUACUACGGAUAUCCAGAUACGGAACUGCGGGACUACAUUCAUGACGCGUUUGACGAGGCGAAGGAGAAGAACACCCGUGUCUUCCUUACGCAUCUGACUGGGACGACGCACCACCCGUGGGGUAUGCCCGACGAUGAGUACGAUAAUAUCAUGGGCCCCUCGUUCAAGGGGAAGAACAACGACAUGAACCGGUACUUGAACACGAUCGGGUUUGGUGAUCGGUGGAUCCAGGAGAUCCUCGACAUCCUGGAGGAGAAGGGUGUUCGCAAUGAGACCUUGGUUGUCAUGGCUGGUGACCACGGCCUCUCCCUUCCCAAUGACGGAGGAAUCACCCCAUACAGCAACCCGCACAUCGGCAGUUUCCACGUCCCCAUCGUCCUCGCACACCCUCAACUCCCUGCAGUCGAGGUCAAAGAUCCAGUGAUCUCGCUGCAAAUCGUCCCGACCAUCAUUGACCUCCUGAUCGAGUCCAACUCGCUCAGUGCCAACGGCACCAAUGCAGCCAAGGAUAUCCGCGGCCUCUACGAAGGGCAGUCGCUCAUCCGCCCGCUGUACCAGGAGGCCAACGGCAUGCAAGACUGGCAAUUCAGCGUGAUGAACACCGGCGGGUCGUGGCUCGCCGUCCGCUCUGCCAACAGACCAGCAUGGCGGAUUGUCAUCCCGCUAAUUGACGAUGUCGAAUGGCGGUUCACCGAUGUUGAGCGCGAUCCUCAGGAAGAACACCCCAUUACCAGCUUCAGCUUUUACGAUCUAAUGGACGCGCUGUGGCACGAGUAUGGUGAUGACAAGAAGAAACAUAAGGAUGGAGACGAUGACGACGACAACGAUCUAGAUGAGCGCGAUGCUUUUGCAUUCCCUCACCCACCACCGCCACCACCACCACCCCAUCAUCGUCACCCACCACCACCUCCUCCACCACCACACCAUCCGCACCCCCGUCCUGGCGACGGUCACGGACCUCCCCCUCCACCACCACCGGUCACCAUCUCGCCCAGCCAUCCACGACCGGACCGAGGGGAGCCUGAUGUCGUCCGCUGGGCGCGCGAUGCCGCACACAUGACGGAGUGGUGGAUUGCCGACAACCACCGCCGGUAUCAAUAUGAAAAACCCAACAGCAAACCAAAGGACAAGCGCCACACAUAA